CUUUCUUCCCCCUACACACACACACACACACACUCUCUCUCUCUCUCUCUCUCUCUCUCUCUCUCUCUGCUUGGCCAUCAGUCGACCCACACCAGCUGCUCGUUGUUCAGUGUUUGUGUUGCGCGCAUCUGCUUGCGUGAAUCUGCACCGCGCGAGAAGAAGAAGAACGCGCGCUGUGUGAGAGGAGCAGCGGGAAGGAUGUCGACAUAUUAUUGAGUUGUGCUCAUGUUGUGCUGCGUGUCUGUCGUCGAGACGAGCGAACAGCGCCGUACGUGUGUUCGCGAGCCUUGCGGUUAUCAAUUACUCAUAUACAGCGGGGUUCUGCUUGGAUAAUGGUCGAUUCAGGAGAUGCUAUUGUAAGGCUAGCAGAGAUCAUCUCAUCCAGAGGACCACGUUGUUUACAUUACCCAUCGUCUGACAAAUCAACAAAGCUUCUGACACGGUAGCAGGUAAUAAUGACGGAAUAUAAGUUAGUGGUGGUUGGUGCAGGUGGUGUGGGCAAGAGUGCUCUGACCAUCCAGCUCAUCCAGAACCACUUUGUGGAUGAAUACGACCCAACCAUUGAGGACUCGUAUAGGAAACAGGUGGUGAUUGAUGGAGAGACGUGUCUGUUGGAUAUCCUGGAUACUGCAGGUCAGGAAGAGUACAGUGCAAUGAGAGACCAGUACAUGAGGACCGGAGAGGGCUUUCUCUGUGUCUUUGCCAUCAACAAUACCAAGUCUUUUGAGGACAUUCAUCAGUACAGGGAACAGAUUAAGAGGGUUAAAGACUCCGAUGAUGUGCCUAUGGUGCUUGUGGGUAAUAAAUGUGACUUACCAGCGCACACCGUGGACACGAGACAAGCCCAGGAACUCGCCCGUAGCUACGGUAUACCCUACAUUGAAACCUCAGCCAAGACGAGACAGGGAGUGGAAGAUGCCUUUUACACUCUUGUACGUGAAAUCAGGCAGCAUAAGCUGAGGAAACUGAACCCGCCUGAUGAUAAUGGCCAAGGCUGUAUGAACUGCCGCUGUGUGGUGUCAUGACCUGUGAAUGUGCAUGACGAGGCUUUUAGAGUGCUGCAGCCUUCCAGACCACAAACACUGCAACACAGAUGCUGGACGUUUAGAGCAGACUGUGUAAAAGGGAACUCUUUAUUGUGGCAGCCCUUCUUCUUUGGGAUGCUCCCGUUUCGCUCCUUUAUUGGAGAUGAAAUAAGUUGUACCUCAUUUUAACAGUCUCAACACUGGAGUUUCUACAACUGGAUGAAGCUGUCACACCUAAAUAUAUUCACAUUAAACAAAACUAUCUACUCUUAACUGGAAGUAAUAGCUCAGAAAAUAACCUCUCAUAUUGCUUUGUCAAAUGUGGAUGUUAGAAAAAUACUUUACGAGAUUGGAGAUGAGAAACACUACAUCAGUUAUAUUAGCAUACAUCUAGAUUUGUUGCUUAGAGCAAGUCUAAGCAAAUAAAAUGUACACCAUUCAUGGCUUUCUCUUGCAAAGAGGACUUUUAGUCUUAUGCAGUGUGUUUAUCAGAGGUUAAGGUGCAAUAGAUUGCCAUUAGAAGGUACACCUCCGUUAAGUCUUUGAUUUGCACAAGGGGUUGGAAAAACGAAGGACUUUAUUCUUUGUUAGCUUUUGGUUUUAAAUGGCCCUCAGGGUCUUUGAAUUGUGGCUUGAUUAGAUAUCCGGAUGGGAUGCUUUUUAUUUUUCGAUAUUAGACAAAUGCAUUGCAGGUAAUCGCAUUGGCUUAAGACAGAUUGACGAAGAUCUUUUCAAAGAAUAUUCAUAUUUGUUGGAAAAUUAAUGCAAAGCUACUAUAAAAGCUUGGACUGGAAAGCCUUGUUGAUAUUCUUGCCAAGCACUGUGCUGUUCCUAUGUUCAGGGCAUAAGCUUGAAACUUUUACAUGUAUACCAUAUUAUCCACUCAUCAACUGCAUGUUUCCCUUCUACCCUUCUGAGGUAAAUAUUCCAUGUUUGUGCCAUUAGGGAGUGAAGAUGUAGGUUUAAAUCUGGAAUUCAAAUGAAAAUGAAAAAAACUGUAUACCCUUACUGUAAAUUAUCAUAUGGGGGAACCUUAAGUUAUAUGUUCAUAGGCAACAUACAGUAUGGCCUUGUAAUUGCAGGGAAGAGCAACAAUCUGGACUUUCUCUUUUUGAUUGCUUGAAAGUAGCUCAUGUCUCCUAGCAUAGUACAGAUUUUAAAUCUCAACAAAGAUCUUUCUAGUUAAUUUACUUAGAUCAGAUUUACUGACAUGUCAGUAAAGUAGACAUUUGACUAGUGAGUGUAUUCUCUUUCUGGUUGAAACUGGAUGAUUUUUCUGUAAGGAUUCUGGUGUUUUAUUCCCAGACAGUCUAUUGAUUGUUCUCAAGGACAUACAUGGGCGGCUUUGAUUCUCCCUUUAAAUCACAAGUCAGUAGCUAUGGAUAUGACCUUCAGGGGAUUCUGUCAGAAUACUGUGGGCAUUCAGAUCUUUUUGAUAGGUUUACUGUCUAUGCUGCCUCUGAAUAAUGUGGGUUUAUCAGGUGGAGAGACUGCUGCCACUUACCGAAUAUUGUUUUACGGUACAUCAAUACUGUUGUGGCCAUUUUCCGUAACACUCUGAUUAACACUAUGUAAAAUAAUCCACAAACACGUGACCUGUCCAAUGUUAUUCUGUUUUGAACUUGUCGUCCGCCAACUGCUGCUGCUAAAUAAUUUGUAUGUUUUCUUUCUUUUUUUAUUGAAAAUAAUUUGUAGAACAGCGCUAGCAUUCCAAAAGGCUGCGUCUGUUCUGGUAUUAAAUAAUCAUAUUGGUUUUUGCAGCAAAUAAUACUUAAAAAUAUGAGUAUUUUUAAUAACUUGUAUUUAUUUUUGUGUCUUUAGUGUAUGAAGACAACAAUGGAUUUCAUUUUAACAAUAUGUUAUAGAUCUGUGGUUACCAUUAUUAUUGUGUUAGGAAGAAAAUCAAAUAAAGAGGUUGUUUUGAUUA